CGUCAACCUUUAUCAAUCACCCAAUAAUGAUCAAAUAUUAAUGUUCAUGCGUGGAAGAGGCCGCUCUCCUCGCAACUCAAGGGUUAAAGACUCUCAUAAUUAAUAACAAUUGUAUAAAUUGCUGUGCAGAAAGACCUUUCGUCUGCUCGGCAAAGUAUACGUUGUUGGGAUACCUAUGGUAAAGUUAACGUGAGUGCAGGGUUUCUGACUAUCCGCUGUGAAUGUGUGUACUGUUAAACGCCAACAAAACUUACCAUCUUAAUUUACCAACCAAUUGAAUAGAAAAUGACAUUUGAUCACGUCAGUUGCCUACGAUUACUUAUUUUGUAAGGACAUUUGAUAUCUCGAGUUCCUAUUUUAUUCCUUCUCCACGAUGGGACGGAACUGGGAGAUUCAAAUGCUUGUGUGUUCUUUGUUCAACUCCAAUCACAGUCGCGUCCCAUUAGUUAUCUACAACAUUUAAUCGCCAAUAUUUGCUCCAAAUUUCAUCCCAUCCCACCUGGAAAACGGACUAUUUUCAUGUAUGGGUGAUAAAAACGAGUUGUGAAAACCUCCAAAAAGUGCCAUCGAAAUACCCACCGAGAAAGUAGGUGCAAAUGUAAUAAACCCGGACACUUUUUGAGGUUAAUCUUAAUGGGAUUAAUUGAAAUGGGAUGUUUGUGUAUUAUCGAGUAAACUGUUGUGCGAAUCGCUGAGUAGAUAUCGUUCGGGUGAAGCCUGCAGUUUGUCUAAAGGUCGCGCCGGGCUCUUCGGGCUUUGUGUUAAUAACUCCUGGGUGUAUAUGCUGCAUAGCAUUCAAAUUGCCACCAUAUGUUUUCGUUUUAGAUGACUCGCAAUAGAAUACAGGACGCAUUAUCUUCGCCACUGGGCGAUUGCUGCCCGUCCAAGCAGGGAGAUUAAUACUGUGAUUAAGAUGCACUUUAAAAAAAAAAUCAAAAUGUCCUGUUUAUACAAACCGAAUAUACCCUUCUUUGAAAAAACAAUAAAAACCGGAACUUAGCAGGUGGAGUAUGGGGGAAGGGAAUGAGUGAGAUACUGCAACGGCCUUAGCUAUGUGUUAGUCGGUGUAAGGCAUACCACUUAAUAUACAGAGAGUCUUUUGAUAGAGAAUUGGAUACACCCACAUGUUACUGGGCGUCAGUACCCCAGGUAGCUGAGGCUGCCGGUUUUGUUUGAAAGAUUCACACCUAUUGCUGUUCUUUGAGAAUGCCAAGGUCUUUCCAGAACUGGUGUUCAGUUUGGUUGUGUGGUUUGUGGAUUUAUUUAUUUAUUUAUUUAUGGAGUUCAUUGCCGAUAUUAUCGUUAAAACACUCGUGCUACCAAUGUAUGUGAAAAUAGUCACUGGGAGUUCCUUUAGACUUUAAUAGGUUUUUCCCAAGGAUAAUUGUAUAUUUGUAUCCUACAUUUGAUUGUUUGGUGAAAUUGUCUAUAUAUUGGUGGAUUAAGCGUUAAAGCAGGAUUUUGUUCAUUUGUAGCAAAUCAAUGCAAGGCACAGAAGAGUUAGGAAUGGGUAUUGUACGAAUCUUACGAAGUCCCCUUGCAAAAAGUAAAAUGGUUUGUGUGUUUGUGUCAUGAAGCUGCAUAAAAUUAAGUAGGGCGCGCGUUCCCGGUGUCGUGACCGCGCCUUGCCCCAAAGCAACCUUAAAAUGAAGCUGUCCUUCCAGGGCAACGAGCGUGGUGCAAUACGCUAUGAAUGAUAUACAAAUGCGGACAGAAAGGGACGUUUUAUCAUGAUACUAUUUGUCGUGACGAUACGAUUUUCAAAGUGGAACCGUGUCAUGAAGUGACAUGCCUGCCACAAGUGUUUGCGGCUGAUCUUUUCAAUUAUCCUCCGUGCGCUAUCCAAGGAGACUUCCGCUUAUUUCUAGAAAUUAAGCUCAAAGUUGACGUGCAGCUAGCUUGAUUUUGGAGACAAAUGUCAGCAAGGCUCAUCAUUUUCCCUCCUAUAUUCGGAGCUUAUUUAUGGCUAAGUGGCUUGGCUUUUUGGACCAAUUUAGCAGGCGUUCCUAGGGAGAGAAGAACAGGUUCUCCACGAGCUUCCUCCAGGGACACAGUAGCUGUCUGAGGUCCAGGUCCGGAGUCUUCACGGGCUUGCAAUUACUGCCCCACUUCUGUUUCUGAUAGGCAAAUGCAGUGGCUUGCGGUCGGUGCAUUGGAUUUCACUUGUGAUUUCAUGAAAAUCGCGCUUCUAUUUGCAAUGUUGGGUUGAGACGAGUUUGCAACGAGAAUUUGCGGUGAAUUGUUGGUUGCAUCGCUCGAUUAAGUGCUCUCUCGUCCGGUUUAGCGAAACAAAAUGUUGCUUUUGUUGGCUCACUGGUUUCAACGCGCUGUUUGGGUCGAUUAGAAUGUUGCUUUUUUUUUUCGGUUUGGGGCAAUUGAAUCGACGCCUUCUUUGCUAGUCAGGUAUUUUGAUUGGCAGUUUCUGUGUUCAGAGGGAAAGAGCGCGUUUAUAGGUCAGUUUUUGUUUUGCAAUUGGGAUAUCUGGCGGGAUUAACCAAGGCCGGUGUGAGGAGCGAACUUUGCUGAAUAUCGUCUCGGCCGUUGAGUAUGUUCGCUGUUGCUUUCCCCUUAGGUCACAGUGGAGUGAACCAGCUCGGCGGUGUGUUUGUUAAUGGUAGACCACUGCCUGAUUCAACUCGACAAAAAAUAGUGGAACUUGCCCACAGUGGAGCCCGGCCUUGCGAUAUUUCGAGAAUCCUGCAGACCCAUACUGAUGCAAAAGUCCAAGUAGUGGAUAAUCGAAAAGUGUCCAACGGUUGUGUCAGUAAAAUCCUGGGCAGAUACUAUGAAACAGGAUCCAUCAGACCUCGGGCAAUCGGAGGGAGUAAGCCAAGGGUAGCAACUCCUGAAGUUGUGUCUAAGAUCGCUCAGUACAAACGCGAGUGCCCCUCGAUCUUCGCCUGGGAAAUUCGAGACAGAUUGCUCUCUGAGGGGGUCUGUACUAACGACAAUAUACCAAGUGUGUCAUCGAUAAACCGAGUCCUUCGCAACCUGGCUAGCGAAAAGCAACAAAUGGGAGCAGAUGGAAUGUAUGAUAAGCUGAGGAUGCUGAACGGGCAGACAGGUGCAUGGGGUACCCGACCGGGCUGGUACCCAGGCAGCUCCGUACCAGGGCACCCAAACCAAGAUGGAUGUCAGCAACAGGAAGGAGGCGGCGAAAAUACCAAUUCUAUCAACUCAAACAGCGAUGAUUCAGACGAGGCGCAGAUGAGACUUCAGCUGAAGAGGAAGCUGCAGAGGAACAGAACAUCUUUCACCCAGGAACAGAUCGAGGCUCUGGAGAAAGAAUUUGAAAGAACUCAUUAUCCCGAUGUGUUUGCCCGAGAACGAUUAGCAGCCAAAAUUGAUCUACCUGAAGCUAGGAUACAGGUUUGGUUCUCCAACAGACGAGCAAAAUGGAGGCGAGAGGAAAAGUUGAGGAAUCAAAGGCGACAAGCUAGCAACACGCCGAGUCACAUCCCCAUCAGCAGCAGUUUCAACACCAGUGUUUACCAGCCUAUCCCGCAGCCCACCACUCCUGUUUCCUCUUUUGCCCCGGGCGCAAUGCUUGGCCGGGCAGACACGUCUCUUACUAACACUUACAGCGCGCUGCCACCUAUGCCCACUUUCAGCAUGGCAAACAACCUGUCUAUGCAAGUAAGUAUGGAGCAGAGCAAACAGAGUCAAGAGCCAUUCAAUGCUUUCUCUACGGCAUGCACAAACGGAUCUUGUGUUUUCCAUUUAUUUUUCGACAAGUCGCCCGUAUCCAGCCAAACGCCGUCAUAUUCCUGUAUGCUGCCCACCAGCCCGACAGUCAAUGGACGCAGCUAUGACACGUACACGCCGCCUCACAUGCAGUCACACAUGAAUCCUCAGACCAUGGGCACUUCCGGCGCCACCUCCACAGGACUUAUUUCCCCUGGUGUGUCUGUUCCUGUUCAAGUGCCGGGGAGUGAGCCGGAUAUGUCCCAAUACUGGCCGCGACUGCAGUAAAGGGCAGGGUGGAUGGACAGAGACUAUUGAGAGUCGGACCCCCAGCAGUAUUUGUUUUCCAAGAAGUGACUCUGAAGGUAUCUUUGUUCUGGGACUGCGACCAAUACACUCAACUUU